CAAGAACAUGUCGCAUCUAUUCUACAUUGGACAAAAAAUCCCACAUUUUUGCUUUGCGUUGGCGUCAAGAUCGCCGGUGGUACAUUGAUCAUCCCACGCCUCGCCCGUCGUCUCAGGUUUUCCUUGACCCGGGUGCUCAUUCCCCCAUCGAGAACCCUUGGUCAGCUUUCCCCUCCAUCCCUCUCCUCCCUUGGCCGCAGGUACACACCGUCUCGAGGGUAGAGACAUCGAAAUUCAGCAAACCCGACGAGAAAUUCCAUUUACUUAUCCUUCUUGUCUGGACUGGACGGACAUCAGGGUGGCAUUGUGGUCAUUGAUUGGUCGCUCAUUCGCUUGAUUCAAUCGCUCUGCAGCCUGAAGCGAGGCGCUCGUUGCCUGCGCCUACAUCAAUUCCUUUUUGCUCAUCACAUUCAACCUUCCGUCAGUUUUGUCAGACAUCAUUUGGCCAGUCUCUGAAAAGGAUAGGUAUUCAUAUCAAUCCAUUGGAUCUCAAUCAUCCGGAAUCCUGGAGCAAACAUACCUGGUGGAUCUGCAUUCGCUUGGACCGUCUUAGCGUUACAGCAUUUUUGACCAGACUCGACCUUGCCGCUUAUCCUGCGACUUCUUCUCUCCUGAGACAGUCUUUCCCUAUUUGUCUAUUCCAUCCCUCUUGCUGCCCAACGGACCAGGACUUUGUGCGCCCGAGGAACCAUUUAUAAUCCUAUACAAGCAGGAUGUCGCGCUACGUUGACGACCCCAAUUACCGCCGCAGCGAACCUCGUCACUCCUCAAGAAGAGACACUCGUGAGCGUGACCAUAGGGAGCGUGGUGAUUCUACAAGAGACAGAAGAGUUAUGGAUGACCGGAUAGAUCGAGACGCCCGUAUGAGUGAUGUUAUGGAUACUCGAUUGGACAGCCGGAUGGACCCCCGUAUGGACUCCCGCAUGGAUCCCAGAAUGGACACCCGUAUGGAUAUCCGGACAGAUCCAAGGGCAAAUACUGCUUCACGCCUCAACCCUCGACCUGACCGCACUGUGGAUAGCCGAAAUGUUGAACCCGAUGGCCCUGGUGUGUUAUAUCGAGAUCCUACUACCGGAGAGCUUUAUCGUGAAGUGAGGCGAGAAGUACCGUCAAGGUCUCCGUACACUGGGGACGAGCCUGAUUUUGAGGUACCGCCCUCUCGCAGUCGGACAACAAUGGAUCCCCCUAUGAGCAGAGACCGGGACGGUUACAGACCAGGAGCACCCGGAUUAUCCGAAUAUUUUUGCCCAGGAGAAGGAAUCGAGCGAGAGGUCAUCCAGCAUGAAAUUUGCAAAUAUCUUGGCCAGGAUGCCACUUGUCGCCCAGGCCGAAACGCUGAAGGCCGAUCUGGAUACUGGGUCAAAGCCUAUCGUCCUUUCACAACGGCAAUGGAACAAUCGCUUCGUGAGGACACCAUCAAAUGGCAGCGUGAACGAGAACGAAGGACAAGAUCGGGCCGUUCUCAAGGUACGCCUUACAGCGACUGGUCAGCCAAUCGAUCUAAGGAUCGUGUAGGUUCUUACGCCGACAUGCAAGCCCGGCAGGAAAGAGAACGUCGAUACCCAGGAGAAAUGGACCUUGAUGAUGAUGACUACCGGCAACCGGCCCCCAGGCAUCGUGAUCCUCGUGAUCCGGAACCUCACCCUCGUGAUGCUCCUCGUCCCGUGGCCAGCGGUGGUCGUGUUCCCGUUACUGCUGUCACCACAGGAUAUCCCCCGGAACCCACUUAUCCAACGGGUUCAUACGCCAUCUCUUCCACCCGCGAAGGCUAUGCCCCUGGUCAACCUGCAUAUUAUGGUUCGGAAAGAGAGCCCAGGACGGCGUUUGCAGGUGGUGCAAGCACGCCUCCGUCAAUCAAUCGAUCCGGUCAGUCAGGAGCCUAUGUUCAGCCAGGAGGAUAUCCAUCCAGGACAGGACCACCAGUAUCGGCCCCUAUAUCCACUUCCUAUGAUCCCAGAAGGGACAUGAUGGGUGCUUAUCCUUCCGGGUAUUCUGAUUCACGUAGUCAUCGUCGAUGACCGCAUUCUUCCGCGGGCGGUUGAUGUUGCAUAUUGUCCGAAUCCGGUUUCUGUUAUCCUCGAUGGUUCAGUCUUGCACGUUUUGUGUUGCCCCAGGAACUGUCGGCUUGAGCCGACGCCGCUCGAAACCAUUGUCUCCCUGGGUUGCCACUUUAUCAUGGACACGAUUGCCCCGGAUUCAACCAGGCUCAUUUGUACAGUUGCCAAAUCUCCGGACAUUUGGACGUUAACGAGGUUACGAUUACCGGACGUGUGAACGUUGGAACGUUUGACGAGAUUACGAUUGAACUGAUUAUACCUUACCAAUGGAGUCCGCAGGCUCGUGUUCUCUCUUCGUAUUGGAUUAUCAUCAAGCGAUCCAUGCUGGAGUCGGCUUUUAUACGUACAUUUCCCGGACUACGGAGGCAUUCUGGAACACACUCAAAAUGGUCGUUUUGUUAUUGGUCCGACUUUGAUAUACAGCAUGACAGAGCCGGUUUGCAGAAAUGAAAUUGUUAUAUGGCUAGCAUCUGGUCGGCGUAUUCGAGAUGAUUUGUUUGCGGAUCUUGAAAGCAUACCUAGGUAUACUCUGAUUGAUGACAUGGAUAAUGCAACGGCCUCUUACACCCAUGGAAUGUCCUCCGGCUUGAUGCCCUGAUUCGAGGAUGCCACAGGUUGUUCUUCCUG